GUAAAUAUAGGUAAGAUAUUAGGGAAAGUUGAGUGAAUAAUUUAAACCUAUUAAUUAAUAUAAACCAGACCAUGCAGCUAAAACCUUUGUUUCUGUCUAUGUCUUCUGUGCCACCUGUUUUCUUCUUCCACUCUCAGAUAACUCUCUCUCUGUCUGAACACUGAUCAAAGCUUUAAAAAAUUUCUAAUCUUUUCCACUUCCUCACGGCCUCAUUACACGAGUCAACAACAAGGGAACAAAGAAAGGAAAAAAUUUUGAUUUUCUUGCACUUUCCUAGGAACCAAACACCAAUUUCCUAUCCUCUUUCCACGCACUUCAAGAAAAAAGUUUGCCUUUUUUUUUUUUACUCAAACUGCUUCAUCACUGAAAUCAUUCCGAAUCCAAUAUUUUUAUUUUUUUGCUUUACAUUAUAUGAUUCUUUGUCUGGCUUUGUUGGCUCAAUUAGAUCAGCAAAAUCAUGGCCUUUGAUUCGACUGACAGGAAAGAGAUCAUCUUGAAAAUUGAUGACAGAAGCAAUGACGGUAAUAUUCCGGUUUCUGCCGCUGCUACCACCGCCAGCGAUGGAGGUAAGAUUUGGAGAGAGUCAAGCUAUGAUUUUUGGAAAGAUAAUGAGAAGAUCAACAGAAACUGGAAAAAAGAGAAUGUGAACAUGAAUGGUACUGGCAGUAGUGGUAGUACUAGUAAUAGAGAAAGUGAAGGUUUUGAUUUCAUGCAAAACGAACAAGCAGCCAUGGAAGAUCCAACAUCAAAGCUGAUUGGUCAGUUUUUGCAUAAGCAAAAAGCUUCAGGUGAGAUUUCACUGGAUAUGGAUUUGGAGAUGGAUGAACUUCAACAAAAGCCACCUCAUCACGGCAGUUCAUUGCCUACAGUUGCUGAAUCACCUUCACCUUCAGCAGCUGCUGUUCCCAGCGUGUCUUUUGAAAACAACCCUGUAAGAAGAAGACAAAGUAAAGGGUCACCAUCUCCGGCAAAAGAUGAGAUUAGGGACUCUAGGGAGAGCGAUGGGGUUGUGAAGUGUAGUUCAAGUUCUUCUUUGAAAAGAAGUGAAGGUGGUUCUUUUCAAAGGAAAUCCAGUUUGUUAGCAACAAAGCCAAAGUCCAGGUUGAUGGACCUUCCAACACCGGAAAAGGGGGAGCCAAAGUCAGCGAAAGCUGGGGUAGGGAAGUCAGGACAGAUAAUGCGAUCUGGGUUUCUUGGGAAAAGUAUGGAGGAAGAAGAGGAUGAUCCAUUGCUUGAAGAGGAUUUGCCUGAUGAGUAUAAGAAAGAUAAGUUAAGUGUUUUGGUUUUGCUUGAAUGGUUAAGUUUGAUUUUGAUUAUCGCUGCUUUGGUUUGUAGUCUUACAAUUCCUUAUUUGAGAGAGAAACGUUUGUGGAAUCUUAUGUUGUGGAAAUGGGAAGUUUUGGUUUUGGUUUUAAUAUGUGGUAGAUUGGUUUCAGGGUGGAUUAUAAAGAUAAUUGUGUUCUUCAUAGAGAGGAAUUUUCUUUUGAGGAAAAGGGUAUUGUAUUUUGUUUAUGGAGUGAGGAAAGCUGUUCAGAAUUGUUUGUGGCUGGGGUUGGUUUUGAUUGCUUGGCAUUACUUGUUUGAUAAGAAGGUUCAGAGGGAGACCAAGAGUGAAUUCCUAAGGUAUGUGACUAAAGUUUUGGUUUGUCUUGUGGUGGGUGUGAUGUUGUGGCUAGUGAAGACCCUUUUGGUGAAAGUUCUGGCAUCUUCUUUCCAUGUGAGUGCUUAUUUUGAUAGAAUCCAGGAUUCAUUGUUCAAUCAAUAUGUAAUUGAGACUCUGUCUGGUCCACCUUUGAUUGAAAUUCAAAGGGCAGAGGAGGAGGAGGAGAGAAUUGCAGAUGAAGUUAUAAACCUACAGAAAGCUGGUGCUACAAUUCCUCCUGGCCUCAAGACAUCGACCCUUUCAUCACCCCCAUUGCGGGAAGCUGACGGGAGUGGAAGGAUCCAGAAAAGUCCUCGAGGAAAAAGCCCAAUGGUUUCACGUGUGCUUUCUUCUGAGAAGGGAGAGAAGGAUGAUAAGGGGAUAACCAUUGACCAUUUGCACAAAUUGAAUCCUAAAAAUGUAUCUGCUUGGAAUAUGAAAAGGUUGAUGAAUAUUAUCCGCCAUGGAGCUCUUUCCACUUUAGAUGAGCAGAUACAAGAUUCAACUCAUGAAGAUGAGUCUGCAACACAAAUUAGAAGUGAAUAUGAGGCGAAAGUUGCAGCAAGGAAAAUCUUCCAGAAUGUUGCUAAGCCAGGAUCCAAGUACAUCUAUUUGGAGGACAUUGAACGAUUUCUGCAAGAAGAUGAGGCUUUGAAGACUAUGAGUCUCUUUGAAGGAGCAUCCGAAAGCAGGAGAAUUAGCAAGAAGGCCCUCAAGAAUUGGGUGGUCCAUGCUUUUAGAGAACGAAGGGCACUUGCCUUGACACUGAAUGAUACCAAAACAGCUGUGAACAGACUUCAUAAGAUGGUGAACGUUCUGGUUGGCAUCAUCAUAGUGGUUAUUUGGCUCCUCAUACUUGGAAUUGCCACCAGCAAAGUUCUUGUUUUAUUAGCAUCUCAAACUGCUUCUAAUUGCAUUCAUAUUUGGGAAACACCUGCACAGACGCCGUGUGAAAUUGAUGGAGUUCAGGAUGGUAGUGGAGGAAAUGAACAUCUGACUACUGUUUCCCUUAAGAUCAUGGACAAACCAGAAGAUUCAAUAAUCCCAAAACAGUGUCCUGGUACUAAGGCCGUCAACAGACUACUAUCGUUAGCCCUGAUAUGGGAGAUGCAGUUGAUUCUUUACAUCGAGCACAAGAGUGACCACUGGUACCCGGCUCCAAUGAUUAUAUUCAAGGAACUUGAAGAGUUGAACAGAGUAAGGAUAGCAAUAUGGCUCACACAUAGAAUGAAUCAUCAAGACAUGGGAGAGAGGUGGGCAAGAAGGGCGCUCUUGGUUGAAGAGAUGGUUAAGAUUUUCAACGACUUGGAUAUUAAAUACCGCCUAUAUCCCAUUGACAUUAAUGUCUGUAGCAUGCCUCCCGUGACAUCUGACCGCCUUCCUCCUAGUUGGACAGGACCUGCCAGCUGA